ACCAUUAUUCAUUCAAACCUUUCUCUAUACACACACACACACACACUAAGAAUAAUGGCUUCUAUCCUCCACUACUUUUUAGCCCUCUCUCUUUCUUUCUCUUUCCUUUUCUUCUUAUCCGACUCCGUCCCCAUUCCCCAACACCACACUAACCCUACAAAACCUAUAAACCUUCUGGUUCUACCCGUUCAAAAUGAUGCUUCCACAGGGCUCCAUUGGGCCAACCUCCAAAAAAGGACCCCUCUAAUGCAAGUACCAGUCCUGGUGGACCUCAAUGGAAACCACUUGUGGGUUAACUGUGAGCAACACUACUCAUCCAAAACAUACCAAGCACCCUUCUGCCACUCCACCCAAUGCUCCAGAGCCAACACUCACCAAUGCCUCAGUUGCCCAGCGGCAUCAAGGCCAGGGUGCCACAAAAACACGUGUGGCCUCAUGUCCACCAACCCCAUCACCCAACAAACCGGUUUGGGUGAACUAGGCCAAGAUGUGCUUGCAAUCCACGCCACUCAAGGCUCCACCCAACAACUUGGUCCAUUGGUCACAGUCCCUCAGUUCCUCUUUUCUUGUGCACCUUCCUUCCUUCUUCAAAAGGGUCUCCCUAGAAACAUUCAAGGAGUGGCUGGGUUAGGCCAUGCACCAAUUUCUCUUCCAAACCAACUUGCCUCCCACUUUGGCCUACAACACCAAUUCACCACUUGCCUCUCUCGCUACCCUACCUCAAAGGGUGCUCUAAUCUUCGGGGAUGCACCAAACAACAUGCAACAAUUUCACAACCAAGAUAUUUUCCACGAUUUGGCUUUCACCCCAUUAACCGUCACACCACAAGGAGAAUACAACGUGAGAGUCAGCUCCAUAAGAAUCAACCAGCACAGUGUGUUCCCACCGAACAAGAUAUCAUCAACCAUCGUAGGGUCUUCUGGAGGAACAAUGAUUAGCACCUCAACUCCUCACAUGGUUCUCCAGCAAUCUUUGUAUCAGGCUUUCACUCAGGUGUUUGCUCAGCAGCUGGAAAAGCAAGCACAGGUGAAAUCUGUGGCACCGUUUGGGCUAUGCUUCAACUCCAACAAGAUCAAUGCAUAUCCUAGCGUGGACCUUGUGAUGGACAAGCCUAAUGGUCCUGUUUGGAGAAUCUCUGGUGAGGACUUGAUGGUGCAGGCACAACCUGGGGUCACGUGUUUGGGUGUUAUGAAUGGAGGAAUGCAACCUAGAGCUGAAGUUACCUUAGGGACACGCCAGUUGGAAGAGAAGCUGAUGGUAUUCGAUCUUGCAAGGUCAAGGGUCGGGUUUAGCACGUCAUCACUGCACUCGCAUGGAGUCAAAUGUGGUGACCUCUUCAACUUUGCCAAUGCAUGAGCCAUGAUCGAGAGAGUUUUUAUAUAUUUGCUUAUUUAUAAUUAAGCAAGCAUCUACUACUUGUUAUGGUAAAGUAAUGUAAGAAUAAAGACUUUGAACAAUAUAAUAAUAUGAAGGCUUCUCUGGCGUUGUUCAAUGAGAAAUUAAUGUUGCUGUUA